AUUUUUGCACCAGUGUUCCCUAUUCACCAUUCAGAUGUGAACUUUAUCUAAUAAAUAAGCCUGUAUUGAUGUCGGAAUAAAUCCCACAUGUACCUCAAACUUGUUUGUUUUUGCGGUGAUAUGUCUUUUAUCCUGAAGGUAUGUGUAAAGUAUUUUUGGUAAGAUGUAACUUUACCUUUUGUACACUUGCCAGUCAUGAGUCAUUGUUCCAUUCAUAUUUGCACUAAGGGAGCGACUUUUUAACUCUUCAUCAACUUGCAUAUCCCCGUAUACAUAUUUCACCACCACAAUCAGGUUUUAGGUUUUUAUUUUGUUACAUAACCGAUUAGAUGUGUGUCAGUGACAUAAUGCUCUUACACAACUCCAGUCUUGAGCAGUGAGGUUUUUAAUCUGGAGACUGAACAUAUCUAUUCUUAGAAUCGUUGCACAUUUUAGGAGCAUACAGCACUUGAAUGCACAACGUCUUCGGGUUGCGUUCAAGGUUCGAUAUUAACAAAUUCUAACUAAAAUCAAGUAACCUGUUUAAUAAUAACAAAUUGAUCACAACUAACGUGUCACUUAGAGUAUGUCGUUUAGCUUUGUUUAUUUAGAAAUGCGUAUUUUCUAUUUUUUGUUUGUUUGUUUGUUUGUUUUGCUUACGACGAAGAGAGUAGGGAACUAUUUUGAAAGAGUCAAACAUUUGGUCGGGGAAACGACGUCCGCCGUGGCGACAAUACUGAUCCCAAAUGCAUUUUCCAAUACAUAAUAAAUAAAGCAUCACUAUUCCUGGGCAAAUCUCAAAUCACGUAAAAAAACAUUGAAAUUUGCUCAUGAGUAAACACAAAAUAAUUUUGACUCCUGGUAGCGUGAGUAAGCUUUUUACAUUUUGAAAGCGUAGUUUAUCUUCAAUUAAGCAUAGGAGUGAACCAUCCGGAAAGGAUCAAACAUCUUUGUUUUUUAACGUGACGUGUGACGUUUACAGGAAGUGGCGGUCAACUCGCCAAAAUCCAAACGAUUCUCGGUUGUCGGUAGGCUUGUCAAACCUUUUCUCGACGAAUUUGCCGUUUCCGUUAAACCUACUUUCCAUUCAAAGGGCACUUAAACGUGACUUUGGGACGUUUUGACAUGUUAGUCAAGUGCAACCUUUGUGAAAACUACUCAACACUGAAACAAUGUGUCUCCUGCUAGAUUUUAGCUUCAGUCCCUUCGUCCGCUGUAAAUAGGAGUGACAACAUUGAAACUACUCUGCCCAUUUUUAUUUUAUUGUUAUUUGUAACAAGCGAUCUCUGUUGUCAAAUGCGUGGCAUUAAGAAUUAGCGACGGUUGUUUCUGCAUUGCCCGAUAUCCAGCAUCAAGCUAGUGGCAAAUUCAAUUCCAGCUCAUUAUGCAAGACGAAGCGUUUGAGCAGAUAGUGAGCAUGUUCAACUGGCUGGUAUCGUGGGUGGCAGCCGGUGCAAUGAUGUUCGGCGGGGUGGUUCCCUACAUCCCCCAGUACUGGGACAUCCGGCGCACGCAGAACGCGGAGGGGUUCUCCACCUAUGUGUGCAUGGUCCUGCUGGUGGCCAACAUCCUGCGAAUCCUCUUCAGAUUCGGACGCUACUUUGAGACACUGCUUCUGUGGCAGAGCAUCAUCAUGAUCGCCACCAUGCUGGCCAUGCUCAAGCUAUGCACCAACGUCCGAGUGAACGCUGAACUCAACACCAAGCGGCGCUCCUUCCUAGCCUCAGACAUUAAGGACGAGGAGGUCCGAAUCCCUAAGAGGCUUUUUCUGGACUUUGACUGGAAGUACUUCUGGUCAUGGAGCCGCUUCCUGGACUACGUUCAGUGCGUGGUGGCCUUCACGCUGACGGCGGCCUACGUCACCUACGUGCUCCUGGACUCGGCCGUGUUCGUGGAGACGCUGGGCUUCUUGGCGGUCUUCAGCGAGGCCAUGCUGGGAACGCCGCAGCUCUACUGCAACUACCAGAACAAGUCCACCGAAGGCAUGAGCGUCAAGAUGGUGCUGAUGUGGACGAGCGGCGACACCUUCAAAACGGGCUACUUCCUGCUCACCCAAGCGCCCGUGCAGUUCUGGACUUGCGGCAUGCUGCAGGUCCUGGUGGACUUUGCCAUCCUAUUCCAGGUUUACUACUAUAGCUUCUACCCCAAGAAGCCGGCGCCGCACGCCGCCUCCCACAACACCAGCGCCAAAGCCCUCUGAGAUCCCAGCGCCGCGGCUCGGGAAAUCGGGAAGAACUCAAGAUGACUCAGCGUCGGCGCCAAAACCUUGCGCAACUUGUUAGACGUCAACCCAUCGUGGUUUUGGAAUAUUCCUGAUCGUAUAUUCUCCCAAUGUAACC